GUUUUUAUUAAAAAUAAUUGAUAAAUUGUGCAGUAUUAACCGCAACUCUGUAAUUAAUGUGAUUCUGCGUGCUACCUGUCGUAACUAACACCUGUAUCUAUUCUUCUACACUCUGUUCCUGUAAUUAUGGGACCAAAAAAGUUAAACGUAGAAGUGGCAUACUGUGGCAAGUGCUCUGUAAUUGUCCGCGAGGGAACGUCUAGUAUUCAAUGCACAGAUUGUCGUCUCUGGUUUCAUCAUAAAUGUACCAAUCUCUCAACCGCUGAUUUUAGGAAUCUGGCAAAUCGUAUUAAGAAAGGUGAAGCGGCCUGGCAUUGCUAUCCGUGCGAAAGUGAGGUUAGCGUCCGCACGUUCGGCGAUCUAUUAGAGGAGGACGACAAACGGGAUCCGAUGGGCAAUCUCGAUAGUCUGCUGGAUAAACACUUUGUGCGUUUCACCAAGCAGUAUGAGCAAAAAUUUGAGGCCUUUAGGUCCGAAAUUACAAGCAAUCUGGCAGACAUCAGAGCAGAGGUUAACGUUAGUCGAGAAUAAGAUUAACUCCCAUGUAAGCUUACCGGCAUCCAAUGAAGCAGUUUUCGUAGAGCUGAGCGAACGUAAACGCCG